AUGAACCCACAGGCUCUCCAGGGGCUCCUGUGGCCGAGCGCGCCGUCUGUGGCUGUUGGAGGCCGACGCCGCAGGCAGCGGGGCAAUAACUGGACCUGCCUGUGUGGCGGCUGGCGUGGCGGCUGGGGCCUCCUUGUGGCUCGUGCCGCCCUGUGCAUCGUUAGUUGGGCUGGCGAUGAAGGCGGCCGGCUAGCGGGGCCCGGCCGGAGGAGCCAGCGGGGGGCCAUGGGGGCCUCCAGCAGCAGCAGCAGCAGCAGCAGCCCCGCUCAGCCCGAACAGGGGUCUCCGGGGAUGCUCCAGGGCCACGGUGCUGGCAUUUUGCCCGAGGCCUCGUGGGCCCGGAGCUGGAAAAACCUCCUGUCCAGCAUCGGUGGGACCCUCUUGGGCCUGGAGCGGGCCUGGGCAGCCAGGAACCCCCUGAAGUCGGAGCAGACAGCGACAGCGGAGGCGCUGCCCCAGCGGAUGGAGAAGGAGGGCACGGAGUGGAGCCUGCCUCAGUUCGUCUCCCUCUUCUUACCCGAGUUUCCCGUCCAGCCUCCGGUGGGACAGCGCCAGCUGAAGAUUCUGGGCUUUGUAGCCAAGGGGUCCUUUGGGACCGUGCUGAAGGUGCUGGACUGCGGGCAAGCGAAGGUCUUUGCGGUCAAGGUUGUACCAAAAGUGGAGGUGCUUCGCCGGGACAGCCUGAAGCAGUGUAAAGAGGAGGUCAGCAUACAGAAGCAGGUCCGCCACCCGUUUGUACACUGCUUAGGUGACAGCUGGCAAGGGCAGCGCCAUCUUUUCAUUAUGUGUUCAUACUGCAGCACCGGAGACCUGUACACCCUUUGGAAGGCGGUGGGACGCUUCGCUGAAGCCGUUAUCCGCCUCUUUGCUACGGAGCUCGUCCUGGUGCUGGCAUACCUCCACAACCUGGGCAUUGUGCACCGUGAUGUCAAGAUGGAAAACAUACUCCUUGACGAACAAGGUCAUUUGAAGCUGACCGAUUUUGGCCUUUCACGUCACCUGCCUUGGGGUGACCGAGCUUACACCAUCUGUGGGACCCUCCAGUACAUGGCCCCAGAAGUGCUGAGCGGCGGUCCGUAUGCCCAUGCCGCUGAUUGGUGGUCCAUGGGGGUGUUGCUGUUUGCGAUGGCCACGGGGAAGUUCCCAGUUCCUCCGGAGAAAGACCAUGUGACCAUGCUGGAGAGGGUCAAGCGUUGCAGCUACACCAUCCCCCCCACGCUCAGCCUGGGCCUGCGCCUUCUCCUCAGCGAGCUGCUGUGUCAGGAUCCGCAGCGGCGCCUGCGCUACCUCCACCGCUUCCGCGGCCACCGCUUCUUCCGGGGGAUGACCUUCGACGCAGAAAUCCUGAGGAAGCAGCCGGUGGAUUUUGUGUUGGGCCUCCAGCGGGCCCAGGAGACCCCCUUGGACUCUGCUGCCUUCUCCGAUUUCGACUGCGACCUCGUGGCCCCCCUGAGCCAGCCGUGGCCGGGCUGAGCCCCCCGGGGGGCCAUGGGGUGGCCCCCGACCGUCACUGUGAGCAGCUCUCAGGAAAAACCACCCACCCGCCACGUCUUCUGGCCAGCAAGCCCUGUCCGGGUCUCAGGGACACCAGCCUGGCGAAAGCCCUUCACCAGCAGGGAGGGUGAACCUCGCCCCCCUUCCGCUCAGCAGCACCUCCUCUACCCCCUGGGCUUAGGCAAGAUCGGCACACAGGGAUCAGAGGUGCGGUCUCUUUCGUCUUCCUUUCUAUAGGACCAGCAUCGGUUGAGGCCGGGAGCGUAGAAGCAUUCAGUUUGUAUGGAACAGCAUGGAAAGCUGGCAGCGGUAUUUGCCACCUGCCCUUUCCGCCUGCUGAAGAGGCCAAUGAGAUCCAAAAGCUUGCCUUUUUGAGAUCUGAUCUUAGAGGCCUAUAAGAUCCGAAAGCUUGCCUUUUUCCCUGACUCCACCGAAGCUGGCCUAAUAAGAGACCCUCUUCUUUCCUUGAUUUGCAACCUUCACUAUGCAAGAGACAAAGGGACCUGUGUCUCCCCAGAGAGGAUUGCCUCUCCGUCUUCAGGUUAUACUUUCAGCUGUGCCAGCCUCGCCUGCUUCCCGUCCCCUCCAAACAGCCCCCGGUAGAUGUCGUCGGCUUGGA